CCUCUGACAGGGCCUCCAACCCUUGAUCUCGCGGCCUUCUCCAUCAUUCUUUGCAUGUUUGGCUCGAGCUUCUUCGACGGCUUUGCUUAUCCCUUUGCCUGUCAUUAUCCUGGAAAGCCUCGGACGGCAGAGCAAACACACGCGGCGACGCCCCCUGCGAGCACUACAACCAGCGCGAACCCGACCAGUCCCCGACAGGUCAGACCCGGCCAUCCUCACCUACAUGCGAUCCUCGACAUCCUAUCGUACGCACACCAAGCACAUGAGUUCGACAAGUGCUGCAUGAAUAGCGGGCACAGAGGUCAUUGACCUGACCCUUUGGAUUGCCUAGACGCUCGCUACCUUGUCAGCCCUUCGCGCAAGCACACACGCCAGGUUUGCGACAACCAAUCCGCCCCGCGACCGACUCCAUUCGCUCAGGCUGACAGGCCCAAGCGAGGCGCGCCGACCGACGAACCGAGACCUGCACUACGAUACACAACUUUGAAGUAGCCAUGUCAUUCCGUGACGGCCAGCGACGAUACGGCCAUGUGCCUCCGGUGCAGUAUCCUGUAGCUGGGCAAGCGCAGGAUAGGGAUGAUCAGACGGGCCUGGGACUCGGUCGACGCCCGAGCUUCAACAGCGGAGACGACAGAGCUCAUUAUGCUCAGUCGCAAACCAACGCGCCCACGUACGAUGGCGCAGGCUAUGGAACGGCCGGAAAUGACGAGCUUUUCUUAGCCAGUCCCAGCUCUACCUCCUCGAGCGUUAGGCCGCCAACCCACGGCUCCACGAGUGCUGCCUUGUCUGGAUUCCAGCACCAGUACCAAGACCCAGCCGCCUCGACGCCCCAGCAAACAUCUUACAAUCCUCAGAGCUUUGCUCAGCCAACCUCUCCUAUCUUUGCGAGGACACAGUCAACAAGCCUGCCGUACCGCCAACCGCAGGCAUCACCUCAAUACCCAACGCAUCGAACUUCAUUUGCCCCGUCACCAACCAACUAUACCCCCCAAGCGUACAACCCGGCCGCUUACGCCAGUGCGACUUCCCCUCAACGGCAACCUACAUAUCAUGGGUACAACAACUACACUCCACAGGAGCAGGCCUACACCGGAGCCCCGGGCCCCUCCCACACGUCGCCAACGUUCGGGCAUGGCCAGUCUCCCGCCUUCACCCAUCCAGCGUCAUUUCCGCAGCCUGAACACGGCUACGCGCAACAACAAAACAAUAGCGCUGGUACAUACAAUCCCUCACAGUACGCUGCAGGUGCGUAUCCAUCGCAUGGUUCCAACGGAAGCAGCCCUGGGCAGCCGGCGUACACGCAAGCGCCAUACCCAACCACGUCGUACAUGCCUGUUGGGCCUGCUAGCACUUCGAUGAAUGAUCACGGCACUGCUGCCUACACCAGGGGUUCCAGGGCCAAUUCUGCCAAUUCUAUAUCAUCGCCAGGAACGACGGCGGGGCUGCAAAGACACCCGACUAAUGCGCCGCUCCCGAGGCGCCCUAUGGACACAGACCCGGGCUGGGACCGAGGGCAUGCCCAAAACCGCAGCUAUGAUCAGGAUCAAGAGCAACUCAUGCACGAUAUUGAGGCGGAACUAGGUGCUAUUGGUCCAAGAGGAGGCUCGAGGGGAUCAAGACCACCCUCACGACCCGCUAAUGGCUCACACGAGGCACAGUUUCCCGAUGACGGUAGCGAGCAUCUACGGCGGUGCAACUCCUCCGCGACCACAUUGGCGCACUCUGCGAGCAUGGCUUCGACACGACGCCCCUACGCGAAUUCGUCAUUUGACGAAGACGACGAUGAUCCUGAGGGAACUGCCGGCGUCAUAGCUAUGCAGCAGGCUGAGCUUGACGAUCGGCGCUUCAGUGGAGCAACUUUCACCUACAACGACUCUACUCCUCCAGCAAUGCCCUCAUCUACAUCGACCCCUCUGCCGCCGCCCCCAGAAGAACAGGACCGAAGCAGUAGCGGCGGAAGCGAGGUGGGCGGUGGCAUGGUAGAUUUGGGCAUGCUGAGUGGUGGGUACGCGGGCAAUCUCACGUAUGGGGUAUCACCCCCGUUGGACUCGAACAGCAGCCGCCCUUUGCCUUCACCGAACUAUUUCGAUAACCAAUACGACAGCCGCAAACCAGAGCCUAACUACAGUGGCGCCAUCAUGGACUAUGGGGGGACCGGUGGUCUCCAGCCACCGAGAGAGCCCCGACUCAGCUUUGACGAGGGUGAUGAGCGGGUAUCUCUUCAUUCAAAGCAGAGCGGUGACUCGGCCGGGCCGGAAGACUAUCAAGACCUCUUUUACCAUCCUGGUUUGUCUAAUCGACCCCUGCCAAUAGUUCCGCGUGGCGGUGCCGGGUCCGACAGUAGCUCAAUGCUUUCGGUCAAUACCAACAAUCGCGGACACUUACAGCACACAUACUCUACAAGCACCGACUCGCGGUAUCAUUCUCAUGAAAAUCCCGAGGCCUUGUACGACACCACGACACCGGGCUCGUUGCAGCCAGAGCGAUCUAUCUCUCUCGUGGGCCACAGCAACACGCCGCAAGUCUACACACCCGCCAGAUCCAGGACAGACGCUGCCGAGGAACGCAGGAAGUUCAAUCGCCAUCAACACAUUGCGCCCAACACAGGGCCGCCGUCAAUCGACUAUGACGCGGGUAGUGUUGGCGCAUUUGAUGGCAUCACUCUGCCCAGUGGCCGUAAGAGGCGGUUCGUGCCCUCGAAGCUAAGCUCCGGAGACUUCCGGCGAUGUUCGGAGCCAUGGGCGCUCAGCAAUGUCGAGGCCUGGAUCCGGGACAUGGCUGACGGGGAGGUGGACUUGAGGAGGAAAGCCGUGGAAGAAGGCUUGGUACUUCUAUUCACCUUCAAAGUUCCUACGAUGAACGUCGCCGAUGCAGAAGUUUUGAGCAGUCGAGUCGUAUCUCUCAUGCUCGAUGCGCAACUUCUCCUACCCGAGGAGGAAUGGGUCAAGUUUGGCGACGGACAUAUCUCCGGAGUCCUGUGGCAACUCACAGGUUCAGGCUGCUACGCCCCUAAGCUGCACGAGCACGACAUACCCGGACGAUGUUAUUCUACCCACUGCACUAGGACCGUCAAAAAGAUUGACCUAGACGAGCUUGAUCCCGAGCAGAGCAGAGGCCAAGAGUGGCACGUUUUCUAUGGCCUCACAAAAGAGGACAUUGAGAGCAGGGACAAGAAAGAAGUCGAACGGCAAAAUGUUCUGCAUGAGAUUGUGACGGGAGAAGAGAAUUACAUCAAGCAGCUCGAAUUCUUCCGUCUCGAGUAUCGAGAUGACAUGCGUACCAGGAGACCACCACUCAUCCCGCCCGAGCGACAAGAAAAAUUCUUCAACUCAAUAUUCGGCAAGUUGGACUCGGUGCUUACUAUCAACAAGGACAACCUGCUGGCGCAACUCAAAUAUCGCCAACAAAGCCAAGGCCCUUGGAUCGUGGGGUUCAGUGAUAUCCUGCGCGAAUGGAUUCGGAAAGCCCGCACUCACUAUGUCGAAUACGCAUUUGGCUACCCCCGUGCUGAAUACAUGAUUCGCAACGAAAGGGACAGGAACCUCACCUUCAGGAAGUUCACCGAUGAAAAGGUGAAGCUCAAGUCUUCGGGCAAGCACGACUGGGCUCACUUUUUGAUCGCGCCGAUCACGCGACUACAGCGCUACGUGCUGCUUCUGGAGAGUGUCGACAAAUUGAUGAAAACCGAGAGCGAGGAGAAGACCAAUCUGCAAAAAGCCAUGGCCGAAAUCAAGGCCGUCGCGCUGGAAUGCGAUGCCAAGGUUGACGAAACCAACAAGCGGGUAGAGAUGAUGCAGUUGGAUCGGAUGCUGGUUCUCAGGCCAUCUUUUGAGACGUCCCUCAACCUCGACCAUCUUGGCCGCCAAUUGCUAAUGCAGGGAGAGCUUACGCGGCUGGGCUCCAAAGGUGUACGCUGGGUUGAUAUGCAUGCGUUGCUGUUUGAUCAUUGCUUGAUCCUGGCCAAAACAGUCUAUACGCACACCAAAGAAAAGAAGUACGAUGUUUCGAAAGAGCCAAUCUUCAUGCCCCUGCUCUUUCUGGAGAGUGUGAACGACGAGCCCAUCCAGAGGCAAAAGGGUAUCACGACACCCUUGGGCCGGACGACCACGUCAUCAGCAUCAAGCAAUCAGAUGACGAAAGUGGCUACGAACAACAGUGGCAAGCCCAUACUUGAGCAUGUUAGCACCAGCUCAUCUCUGGGUACAUUGACGCCUGCUGGAUCUGGCGAUGGCGAUGGUCGCAUCCUAUACCCCUUCAGACUCAAGCAUUUAGGACACGAAGUGUAUGUGCUGUAUGCUUCAUCGGCAAGAGACCGGAUGGAGUGGUGCCAGAAGCUCAUCGAAGCCAAGACGAACCAUGCAAAGGCCCUCCAUGAGCAGAGCGCAGAGCCCUUCCGUUUGCGUGUUUUGGCCGAUGCCGCGUUCAACUACGAGAGCUCGCUUCUUUCCCGGACACCCCCUGUGGCCGUCAAGGGUACACCACUAGACCGCGCCAUCCAAGAUCUUGAGAGUGUGCUUGGCUCGGCGCAGGGCAUAGCCCCCGUUUGUCGGGCGCAAGUCAACUGCGCCACUGGCUUCUCGGCGUUCGGCAAACCCGUGAUUGCCAUUGGAACAGACUAUGGUGUUUACAUUUCCGACCCGUCUAACCCUCGCGGGUGGGUGAGGACGGUCCAGGCGACCCGCGUCACUCAAAUUGCGGUGCUCGAGGAGUUCCAGGUGUGCCUUCUGAUAUCGGAGCGCUCCCUCAUAUCCUUCCCACUUGACGUGGUAGCCCCAGUGUCGGAAUUCGCGCCUCCAAGCAACGAUAGCACUCGUCGAGCGCCGCAGAGACUGGCAAAGGAUGUCACGUACUUCGCCACUGGACGAAUGAAGGACCGGACGCUGGUAUUCUACAAGAAGAAAGAGGGCCUCCACACAACGUUCAAAGUCCUGGAACCCAUCUACCACAAGGCCACGGAGAAGAAGCGCUUCUUCGGCGGGCGUAAGGGCGGCCUUGGCAGCACGGAAACCUUCCGAGACUUUGACGACUUCUUCUUCCCGACCGAAUGCUACUCGCUGAGCUUGUUCCAGACAUACAUUGCUGUGGCAACGUCCAAGGGUGUUGAGAUGCUGACGCUGGAUAAGAAACAGCCCAUGUCGAUUCCUGAUCUCAAGGGCCCAGCCAUUGCGAACAUUGCCAACCGCAUCUCCAAUCAAAGGCCUCUGGGUAUGUUCCGGCUGAACGAGAACGAGUUCAUCGUCACAUAUGAAGACUGCGCUGCAUACGUCGAUAAGCACGGCGAGAUUAGUCGCACCCUCAUUAUGGAGUAUGCGGGUAAACAGAAAAAGGCCCGCGGUGCAACCAUGUACGGCCAAUACCUCCUACUCUUCAACGAGGAUUACGUCGAGGUCCGUAACGCGGAGAAUGGCAGAUUGCGCCAGAUCAUUGCCGGCAAGGAUGUACGUGUCCUGGACUACGGUAUCAGAGGGCCAACGGGCAACAGCGCUGCCGCCGCCAGUCACACGCAGGGGCGCAAUGGACACUUGCCCAACGUGGGCGACGCGUCCAAAGGCACGGUCAAGAUUGCCAUGUGCCAUCCCGAAUUGCCAGGCAGGCAAAUUGUGCUGGAAAUGCUCCUGAAUGAGGGGCACACUGAUUCAUGAGCAGGGUCGCCAAUGUGGCCGAUAUGGAAACGGGGCAGGACAUAUUUGUAUAUCAACUACAAUCGGGGGACGGUUGCAGGUAUUGGCGGUACGCACAUCCAAGUCGUCUUGGAUUGAAAGGGUCUGUUGGUUAGUUAUGGCAUGGCGUUGUGGUUGAAUCGAGGGGCCGUUUUGGCCCUUGAUAUAUAUUGAUGAAAGCGAGAUAGUCGAGAUGACUUGAUUUGACGUUGACGAUACUACGCACCGAGUGUGACUUUGUGAC